AGACGUGGUACGACGAGCCCAAUUUUUGGCGCGUCGUCUCCAGAGUCCCGUGUCCACUCCCCACUUCCUCGUCCCGCCUCUCUCCUUUCUUGCUCCUCCUUGCCCAUCUCUUUCUCUAACGCGCAGACCGACCACUCAUCCACAAUGACGAACAAAGCUGUCUCCAUGCUUGGCCUCUUGUUCACCCAUCCCACCGAAUUCCGCACGCUGAUCAACUUCUACCUCUGGCACGAGCAGAAGCGCGACAUCACCGACAAGCAGGAGCACUCAACCUCGGGCUGGGACCGCUCGACCAUGCGCAGAUGCUGGGAGCUCCUCGACAUGACCUCCCGCAGCUUUGGGGCCAUCGUCAAGGAGCUCGACGGCGAUUUGGCAAGGAUUGUUUGCAUGUACUAUCUCGUCCUUCGUGGACUCGACACCAUCGAGGACGACAUGACUAUCCCCGACGAGUCCAAGCAACCCCUUCUUCGCUCUUUCCACGAGAAAACCGUUACGCCAGGCUGGAAGUUUGAUGGGAAUGGCCCAGAUGAAAAGGACCGCCAGUUGCUGGUUGAAUACGAUACCGUUGUUGAGGAGAUCAAUCGUCUUGCACCCGAGUACAAAAAAGUUAUCCUCGACAUCUGUGAAAAGAUGGAGACCGGCAUGGCCGACUACGCCCACAAGGCUGCUACGACUGGUUCUAUCUACGUCGAGACAGUGUCCGAGUACGACCUCUACUGCCACUACGUCGCCGGACUCGUCGGCGAGGGACUCACGCGCAUCUGGAGUGCGUCACGCAAGGAGGCGCCCUGGCUGUGCGACCAGCUCGAGCUCUCGAACAGCAUGGGCCUCAUGCUCCAAAAGACCAACAUCAUCCGUGACUUCCGCGAGGACGCCGAGGAGGGGCGUUACUUCUGGCCGCGCGAGAUAUGGGCCAAGUACGGGUUCCAGGAGAUGCGCGAUCUGUACGCGCCCGGGGCGGAGGAGAAGGCGGGCUGGAUACAGAGCGCGAUGAUUCUGGAUGCGCUGCGGCAUGCGACGGACAGUUUGGAUUACCUGCGGCUGUUGAAGAAUCAGAGCAUAUUCGUGUUCUGCGCAGUACCGGUGUGCAUGGCAAUGGCGACGCUGUCGUUGUGCUUCCAAAACCCAGAGAUGUUCCAGCGGAACAUCAAAAUUCGCAAGGCCGAGGCUGCUCGUCUCAUCAUGAAUUCGACAAACCCCCGAGAAGUUGCGCUCAUCUUCCGGGACUACGCACGCGCAAUCCACCACCGCGCCAAGCCGCAAGACCCCAACUUCCUCCGGCUUUCGAUCACGUGCUGCAAGAUCGAGCAGUGGGUCGAGACGAACUAUCCCUCCUUCGUCGUCGUCAACCCCAACGGCACGGGCCUGGACCCGAAAGACAAGCGCUCGGCGGUGGCGCUGCAGGAGAAGAAGCUCGUGGAGGAUGCGCAGGCGGCGCAGCAGGCGGAAUUCCGGGCGAAGCGCGGGCUCGAGAAGGAGCGGCUGUACCACUCGAACGCGCCGCAGCUGAGCAUUUGGGUCCUCCUGGGUUAUAUCGGGGCGUUGAUUGGCGUGAUGGUUGUGCUCGGGGCCAUGUUGGCCUGGGUGAUCUACAAGAUAUAUGAGGAGCCAGUCGUAAUGGAUUCGCCUAUCCAGUAGUAGCUGGACAGGAUUGUCCUGAGGAGUCGAGGCGGGGUUUUUCUUUUCUUUCUUUGUAGAGCUCGAGAUUAUUAUGCCCUAUAUACCAGCCCUGUAAUUAUGACGUUGCUAAUGGCGGGACGUGUU